UGGUGUGACCUCAUAUUUCAAUUUCUUUUGAAGUCAUGGAGUAUGAGUCACUGCAAUUUAAUGAUACAAACCAUCACAGUUCAUGUCAUUUCAGAAGCCUUGGAUUGUGAAGAAUACCUAAACUCAGAAAAGUAGUCAGAAAAAAGUAUCAGAACUAAUAUCCUGCUCAACACAGAGAAGCCCUUGUUGGUGGAGAUGCUGUGAACACCGCCAAUCUUAUGGAUUCUAAUAUCACGGUGAGCAGCAGCAACAUUACUUCCAUCCACACCGUGGCGCAAGUCAUCAGCUGGGUGACUUUUGCCAUUGGGAGUCCUGUGCUGUGCCUGGUGGCUUAUACCCUGUAUCACCUGGUGAAGACUGACCACGUCACCCCGGUUUACAUCAUUAACCUCCUCAUUACUAACAUCUUCAGUUUCAUUGGCAGACCUAACACGGCCGGAGAGAAAAAUUUGAUCUCUGCUGAAAUCAGAUCCCUGGUAUUUUAUUACAGUGUCAUAACCAAUAUUGUGUUCAUGGUGUGCAUCGCCCAGGAGAGGUACCUGCUGGUCACCCGUCCUGUGUGCCUAGGGAGCCGACACGCAGUCAGAAGCUCUGCCCUGGUCUCCCUGCUGCUGUGGGUCGGCCCCUUGGCAGUCCUGUCCCUGGCCAUUUACGGCUACUUCCUGUGGCUUUCCGUCUGCCUCCUUCCGUUCCCCUACUUCCUGUUCCUGUGCUUGGAUGCAGUCAGAGCCCUCUCCUGCUCCACCACACUGCCCAGCCAGGAAAAGAGGAGAAUCCUGGGAACACUGACCUUCAUCCUGGGGAACUACAUUGUGAUUUUCCUUCCCUUCAUAUUGAACAUGCUGCUGAAGUCCCUCUCAGUGAGUGUGGAGGGGUUUCCCCUGGAGACAGUGGCCAGCAUGCUUCUGCUCCUUAGCCCCCUGCUCGACCCUCUGCUCUUCUUCUGCGUACACAAGAGCAGAAGGGACAUCCUGCAAGCCUUCCCCUGCUGCAAGGGCCUGGUCCAUCACCAGGAGGAACCAGGGUCUGUCCCCACCAUUUCUGAAACCGUGGCCAGUGUCUAGAAUGUUCCACAUAUACAAGCCUACCAUGUGCAAUCAUGGAAUAACGCCGUUUAAAGGUUCUGGGGUGGUACUGUGAGAUUUAGCACAUUCAGCUGCCCAGUGUUUCACCACAAAGUCGUCCUUCAAUCCAGCUAGUGUGCUGAGGGGGCCAUGAGGCUGAGCACUGGCAUUCGUCAAAUAUGUCUGAACUACAGUUACUCUUUACAUUUCAAAUUUGAACAGAUUCCAGAGAAUUUGUGAAAAACUGUACAACUAUGUGAAAGAAAAUGUUUAUUUUCAAUUUCAGUGCAAUCACAUCACAAUCUACAUGAAUUUUGUCUAAAUAUUUCCAAAUGAUUAUUUCAGCCUGUUUGGUUGAGCACAAUGCAAAAUGAAGAUAUUUGCUGUCAAUAUAUAAAAUGCCACAAGGUGGCAGUGUAGAUUGAUGU